AUGUCUGAAGUUGCCGAACUGCGAAUGGAGAUGGAGCGCGAGCUGGAGCUGCUGCGUAGCGAGGUGGACGAGCUCAAGUCGCAGCUGAUCCAGCAGGACGCGGAGCGACACGAGGCCCAAAAGAAUCAGGGCGAAACAAACAUCACCAAAGAGAAUGUCACGGCGGCCGGAGUCCUGUCUAUUCUGUUGCUGCUUGGAUCAAUGGGACCGGGAUGGUACAUGGGAUUCAGCGUCAUGUUUAGUGAGGGAGAUGGCACCGGAAUUGGGCUGGUUAUGGCCAACAUGUUCCUGCCAGUGUUGAUCCUUAUAGUGACGUGGGUGCUACCGCUGAUGGACCGUGAUCGGCUCAUCCUGGAAGCCAUCAUGUUGCUGGGUUACGGCUCCUUCAUGAUCUACGAAAUGACCAAGAGUGUGUGGUCACCGCUGGCCCAGAUUCUCAUGGUCAGCGCAGCCAUCUUUCUGCGACAUCUGCAUCAGAACGAGAUUCAUCGAAGAAAACAGGGCCUUCCUGUUUCCGUUGAUCUGGGUGAUGAUGUUUAG